AUCACUUCCUACAUGCCUCUAUCGACCAUCAUUCGACAUGUCGGAUUAUCUUCGAGUACCCUACGCAGUUAACCCUUCGCAUAAGUUCGGAUACUUUGACAGGAAUCCCGAAGUUCCCAUUCCCCUUACUUCUCCCAUCCCUCCCACCCCGCCUGGCCCUCCCAUUCCGCCUUUCGCUAGGGAGCCACUCUCGCCUCCUUGGCCUACUACCCGUUCGGAACUCAGAAGGGGGAACCAAGAAGUAACGGCCAAGUUGCAAGAGCAGAUUGAGGUGGAGAUUGAGAGAGAAAGGGAGCGUAAGAGAUUGAUGAGCGAUUACGUUGUUGUACAUAAUGAUUUCGACUCAUCGCCCAUUGCCCCCGCCGAGCUGUUCAACCUUUCCCUUCUCGAGCCCUCCACUCGUUUCAACUUCUUCCCUACUGAUGACGAUGAAGAGCGAUCCCGAGCCACCCUCAUGAACAGGAUGUCUACUCAGGGUUCCCCGUCGUCUAUAGCGUCUUCUUCUACGUCCUCACUCACGGAAACUGCUAAUUUGAUGGCAAACGUGUCCCUUUUUGGGCAGGCCAACAGCUCAAAGACUGCACAAGACCUAUCUCCUUUUCCGGAAUCCGCUCGAGGCAGCAUCGAUCCCUCGUCUCGCGCCAUAGAUGUCAAGGUCAACCGCAAGCCUGUGGACUACCAUCUGGUUAGCAACGUGCCCAAGCCCUUCCGAGGCAAUGCUUCUGAGGACCGUACAUACACUUGCGAUGCUUCCCCACUCAAUGAGGCCCCGAAACCUGAUAGCUCAGAGGCAGUAAUCGACUACAAUGAUAAAGACGCCUUUUCUUCGCUCCUAAUAAGCGUCUUCAAUUUCAGAAAGGAUGCAGAAAAGAUGUUUUGGCGUACCUCGGAAUUGGAAGGUCGAAUCCGCAAUUGUGCCUACGUCGGGGAGGGAUGGGAGUUGAGGCCUGUGAUGAGCCGGCUCAAUGGUAAGACGGUUCCGGAGGGGUGUGACGUCGAUGAGUAUAUCCGCACCAAACAGGAUAUCGAUAUGCUUUCCCUUGAGGAGUUGAGUGCCUGGCUUGAGCUUUAUGGAAUCGAGGGCUUUGAGCAAGAGGGCGAUCGACGGCCUGAUAGGAGAAGGUUGUGGGCCUUUUUGGUCUACGGCACUUUUACCGAUGAGUGUCAUUUCCGCCACUGAGCCUGUUAAUCGUCCACCCUCAUCAUUCGGGAAUACUGAUUGGGAUCUCUGACAUUCGAAGGACAUUUCCUCGUAUAAAGGCUGCAGAACAAUUGAAUAUUAAUAAAUAAAUAAUGAACAAGAGUACGGGCUG